AUUUUCCAACUCUGUUGAGAAUCGUCAUGAAAGACUUUAUGAAUAUUUCUGAAUGCAGAUGUUGAUUAUCUACAUAUGGUUCAUCCUUUUGUUUUUAAAACUGUUAUGAAUUUAAUGCCUUGUGGACUUUGGGUGGACAUUUAUAUGAGGUGCAGGGUUGGGUAUAACACAUUACAAAGGAAAGAUAAUGUACUUUGCAUGGCACUGUAGCAGCUAAACCCAUACAGUGGUAGCUUAGCUGUUCCUCCCCUUGGCUAGCGUUUUUAAAAAAUAAAAAAGUUUUAUAUUUUAUCCGUCUGGUAGUUGUACAAACAGUGACAACACCCGAGGCGGGUUUUAUUAUAAAUCCGACUUUUUCUGAUCAUGUCAAGUCUAAAAUUACUGAAAGAACUUUGAGUUUCACUUUGUAGUGUAUUCUCGUAGGCAUGAUAGGUUUUGAAAGUAACGUGAAAGUAAUGAGUAAUCGGAUCACUUUUUACAUGCAGUAAUCAGUAACGUAAUCAGAUUACAAUUUUAAAUAGUAAUUACUCAUCUGUACCGGAUUACUUUUUUUUUUUUAGUAAUUUACCCGACACUGACGAUGCAGUUUGAUUACAUUAUUUGUGAUAAAACACUAAGACUGUGUGCAGUGCUUAAUUUGUAAAACAUGAGGUACCAGGACACCAAGGGACAGGUGCUCCAGCAAGUGGACAUAGAGAGAGAAUUUUUGGAAGGGAGGUGACAAUAAUUUAAUAAAUUUAAUUUAUUAGGGUUCGGUUUAAAAUGUAAAAGAAAAAAUACGAAUAAAAGCACUGUAAUGGAUAAUAAUUCUUUUGUCACCUCCUUUAAAAAUGACAAUUGGCUCGUUUAUAUGAUGACCAAUUGAUCUACACACCUUAUCAGUCACGCACAGUUGCUUUAAUUAAUUGUAUUAUUUUAUUUUUAAAAGAAAAAAAAAGCUGCAGAGGUGUCUGAUCAACAUAAAUACAUAAAUAAACAACAUAAACUCAAGAUUAGACACUGGCGUAUGGGAUCUCGUCUUUGUAGCUUUUACAGGGUUAGUGUUUUUCCUCUGCACAGUCGCCAUCUAGUGGGCAUUAUGGUAAACAACACAAAGUUUUUAUUCUGAAAUGCAUGUUGUGGGCGGAGUCACCCAGCAGCCGCUCGUUCUGAUUGGCUGGCUCUCAGCAACAGCUGGCCAUGCGCAGCUACAGUGAUCCAGCGGUGCUGAGGCUCUUUGAAGCAGACAUCCAGGCUACAGACUUUGGAUAGUAGUUCGGUUGAAGUGGGCGGACCUAUGAAGAACAUGAUAUGUAGGCCACAUGGGAUCAGAAGGGAAGGAACAAUGAAAAUUUAAGAGGUCAGAACGUCCCCAGAAUAAGCUGGUACCUGAUAUCAAGUUAACACUGUCUGGGGAAAAAUGAAGAAAAAGGGGAAUGUAGGUGUGAUGAGGCAGAGUAAGUCAGCUACUGACAUUACACCAGGAAUUCUGGACCUAAAAGAUGACUUCCGCUGUUUCCAGAGCAGGCUGGGAACUAGGUCAUUGUCACAUGACAGUAUCUUUCUGUUGGAACAGCGUCAAUCAGACCCUGAGCCACCAAGAGUUCUUUCCCAGGAGAAUGUCCAUGGAAAAAUCCAAGCACUGCAAAUGAAGCUACAGACACAAAAGAUGCAUCUAGGUCCACCACCUUUGGUGUUGACCAUUAAGCAAAUUGAAGACCCCUCUGAAGUCCUGACAUUGUCCAAAAACCUGCCACACAAGUCCCACCUGAAGUCUGCGUCACAGGGAGUUUUACCCCAUCCAAUCAGCCCCGCACUGCUACCAUUUUAUUCCUCUGCACCUUCACCUGGGGUAGAUUUCAGCACCCUUCCCCAGUUUAUCCCCUGCCUGGACAACUCUGCUGCCCGCCAUCGGAUGUCCAUUAAGCCUCGGAAUCAGAGAGCCAGCACUAAGAGCAGAAGAAUGCCCACCUCAGUGAGUCUGACUCACUCAAUCCAAGAUGGAAGCAGACCUUGCUCAGAGAGUAUGAUCAUCCUGGAACGGUCUCUAACUGAGAGUAAAGAAGAGGACGGGAUAGCUGUGACCAAGGAAAUGACCCAUGUUCGCUCCUACUCCUCGCAGAUCAUUAGGCCAGGGAAGGGCCUUAUCGCUCCUCCAAUCAAGAGCCCAUGUCUGACUUUACCUCUAAAAUUACCGGUGGGAGUUGAUGAUGAUGACGAUCACCGACUUGCUAUGAGUCAAUGUAAAGAAAAGGUAGUGCCAACUGUGUGCAUGACUGCAGAUGUAGGAACUAGGCGGAUACCCAAAUCGGCAGAAGAAAUGGCUGCUAAACGUCCUAGCUCUGCUGGGCACACCAGUCGUAAGGGGAGCGGAGACCAUAAAGAGAGUCUGUAUAGCUCCAAACCUAAGGGCGUUGAAGGCAGUGCUGUUUCGAUUGUAAGCUCUGUAUAUACCCCUUGUCUCAUUUUGUUAGGUACUGAGCAGUCUCAUCCAAAAAGUGACAAGGACUUUAACACAGUAACGACUCAUUUUAAGAGAAAUGCAUUGACCCAAGUCCAAGACACAAAGCAGGAACAUAAUCUUCAAAGCCAGCCACUGAAACCCCUUUCAAUGCACAAAAAUACAUCACGCUUGGAUAACAAAUUUGAGGGCAGAAAUAUACACCAAAUCUCUUCAAUGCCAAUUUCCAGUGAGGAUGGAUGCCUACAGGAGUCCACAACUCAACAACGGUCUCGAAGCUUUUAUAUCUCCUCAGAUAAAAGCCACGAGAGGCAGAGAACCGGAAGCUUCACUGGACGCAUGGAGCAACCAGGAGGAGAGAGAGAGCAUGUCUUUCCACUCACAACACCUUCAUCAACCCUCAAAACACAGGAUCUACACAAGAAUGCACAAGUAAGAGCAUCAGGGAAAGAUCCAUUACAGACAGGAGUUACCAGCAUUCCAGCAGUUUCAUCCAAGCCUAGAGAGCUGACAGCAUCUGUGUCUGCUGGUCAAGAAAGAGUGGACAGUCCAGCAAAUAAAAACCGAGAUGUUGUGGUGGAGACUCAGCAGAUAGCUAAAGAGGUAGAUGAGGCAAAUAAGGAGAAAAUGAACAUGGUCAGUAAGGAGCAGAAAGAGGAAAGGAGUGCUCCAGAAGUGAAGCUGCACACCAUAUCGACAUCAGAGUUCAAUGUCAAACAGCAUAACCCUGAAGUCAGGAGUCUGAGCACACCGUGGAUGCCAGAAUCUACUACUCCUUCAGCUGUAGGCCCGAAUGACAGCAAAGCGGGGCCUUUAAGAGAACCUUGCACAGUUCUCAGAAGUCCUCCACUCUAUAACACUGAGCUCUUUAUAUCUUCUGAGUCGCCAGUAUUCUCCAGUAUUCGACCUCAGAGUGCCAGAAGGGACCAAGAGAAAGCUAGACUAAUUAGAUUUCCUGAUUUGCAGGGUUCCGCUCAGUUGCCGGGUUCACCUAUUAACACCACUGUGAGUUCGCCAGUGUGUGGGAUAGAGAAAAGUCCUCUACAAACAUGUGAAAAAGAGUCAAGAGACGCUUCCACUGAGCUAUCUUGGAUGACUAUGGCCCGAGAAAAGACCAGAAGUCUCCAGCAACUUUUUACAAACACACUGAAUGACCUUGCUGGCCUGCAGACAGCCGCACGACCAGCUGCAUCCCCACUAACCCAGAUAUCUUCACAGCCCAGUGCAGGACCUAUAAGGCCUAUACAUCAAAUAUCAUCUUCACAGCCCUCUGUCAGUCCAUUAGAGACUCAACUUCCAACUGUACAUGCUUCUGUAAGGGCAACGCAACCAACUCAACCACCAACUAUGAAGACUUCCAUCAGCCCGGCACAGCCAUCCAUAGAUCAGUCAGGAGCAGUUGAUUUCUCCUUCAAACGAAUUCUUUCACCAACAAGUCAAGUACAACCAACACAUCUCAGUGCCAGACCAGGACAAAUGUCUACUCACUCAGCUUCAAAACCAGGGCAACUGACUGGAAUUUAUAUACCACCUACCCAAUUCAAUCCUCAAAUGAUACACGCACCACAGCAGCAAUUAUACCAGUUGUCAAUACAUCAAGCUCAUCCGAUCCAGCAGUCUCUGCCACAAAGUGUGCCAAAACCCGAAGCAUCACAAUCCUUGCGCCUAUCAUUGAGCCCAAAGCUGACACCUCAUCAGCCUGCCCAUCAAUCUCCCUCGCCAAUUUCACAGCACAGGCCACUUGGGGAAAGCUUGUCCUCUUUGCCUUUAAGGAAAAUGGACUGGACCUCCUUGCCCCAGGGAAAAGGCCCAACAGAAAGCCAAGCUCAGUAUGCAGGAGGCCUGGGGAGCAAGGCUUUACUUGUCGAGCAAUGGCACCACCAAAAACCUGACGCAGUCAAGGUAGUGGACCAGAAAGCUACACCAGACUCCCGAACCUAUCAGCCUUUGGAUGAAUUUCUAACCAUUUCCAGCCAUGGAAAGUUCACAGAAUUAGCAACUUCUCCUGGUCCCAUGAGGUUAGAGCGAGAGGCCAAAUGUCAGAAGAAAACAUUACCACCGCCAUCACCUUCUUCAUCGUCACUCCUUCAGUCAAACAAUGAUAGUAGACAACCUACUUGGAUGGAGCUGGCAAAGAGGAAAUCUAUGGCAUGGAGUGAUAAGACUAUGGACUGAAUUAGAUAUAAGUGAGCAUACUAAGUUGUAAAAUUUCAGGAAGGACUGAGAAGACAGAAUAUCUCAUCUAUCAAGUUUGUGUGUUUGUGUGGGUGGGCAGAUAAAAAAGCAGUGGAAGGAGAAAGAAAAAAACAGGAGAGUACAAGAAGAACAACAAGGUCUUGCAACUCCCACAAGCACACAAUUACACAAUAUUUUCCUAUACCCUUGGUUUUGUUAUUCUCAGGUUAAUCACAUAGUGGUUUUUAUUAAGGAAUUAUAAUAUAAUAUAGUAUAAUAUAAUAUAAUAUACAAAAAGAUACAUUUCUAUUUAUUUAUGAAUGAUAGUUUUUUUGUUUUACUAAAUUGUGACCAAUUUUAAUUAUAAGUUAACAUGUGGAAUUACAGAAUUAAAUGCAUAUUAGCAGAGGUAAAAUGAUAGUAAGUUAGUCUUUGAAACAUAUAGAUAUAUGUAUAUGUAUAAAACGAAAUAUAACAAAACAAAACAGUUGUGAACAGAUAAACUUCACUUUGAAAAGGAUUUUGCAAUGAACUAGUUUAACUGGUUUGAGGGAAACAGUUAGACUUUUAUAAAAGUUAUAAUUAUUACUCAGAAUAUUGUAUUUCUACCAACUUCAAUCAGUAAGUAAGUCUGGAUGACUACUUGUAUUUUAGCAUAAAUGUUAUUCAGGUAAAGGCAAAAAGAUUGUUUAUCACAAUCUACUGAAAUAUACUAGCACGAUUAUUUAAUAGAGCAUAUUUGAACAAAGUGUUUUAAGCUGGAAUCUGGUCACGUGCUAUUAAUUAUUUAAAGCAAGCCGUUGUCAAAGUGGGGUCCGUGGACCCUCAAGGGACUGUGAAGCAUAGCCAUUGGAGUCUGUGAUUUAUUUAUUAUUUUUUAAUGUUGUUACAAUACUGGAAAUCACAACCUACUGCUACCAAAGUCAAUAUAUUUACUAUUGAGCUCUUA